UGCCCGCGCCCGUGGUCUGGGAUUCGCCGUCCCUCCGGUGGCCUUGGGGUGGAGCACAACGAUGCUGAGAACUGGCUCCACCAAGCCUGGGUCCUGGGGCGGCUUCUGGGCCGUCCUGACCUUGGUGGGCCUGACCACUCGUGCAGCCCAGAGAGCAGAUGUUGGAGGGGAGGCUGCAGGCACCUCCAUCAACCACUCCCAGACGCUGCUACAACGCCUGCAGGAGCUGCUGCGGCAGGGCAACGCCAGCGACGUGGUGCUGCGGGUGCAGGCUGCGGGCACCGACGAGGUCCGGGUCUUCCACACCCACCGCCUGCUGCUGGGGCUGCACAGCGAGCGGUUCCGGGAGCUGCUGAGGAACCAGAGCGAGCUGGUGCUGCAGGAGCCCCGGGACUGCGCCGCUGUCUUCGACAAGUUCGUCAGGUACCUAUACUGUGGUGAGCUGAACGUGCAGCUGGCCCAGGCCAUCCCCCUGCACAGGCUGGCCACCAAGUACGGCGUGGCGUCUCUGCAGCGCGGCGUCGCCGACUACAUGCGCGCGCACCUGGCGGGUGGCGCAGGCCCCGCGGUGGGCUGGUACCACUACGCGGUGAGCACCGGUGACGAGGCCCUGCGCGAGAGCUGCCUGCAGUUCCUGGCCGAGACCUGCCUGCAGUUCCUGGCCUGGAACCUGUCGGCCGUGGCGGGGAGCGCCGAGUGGGGCGCCGUGAGCCCCGAGCUGCUGGCGCAGCUCCUGCGGCGCUCGGACCUGGUGCUGCAGGUCACGCCGGCCAGCAGCGGUGGCGACGCGGCGGGUGUGAGCUUCCAGAAGACAGUGCUGGUGGGGACGCGCCAGCAGGGCCGCCUUCUGGUCCGCCAUGCCUACAGCUUCCACCAGAGCAGCGAGGAGGCUGGUGACUUCCUGGCGAACGCGGAUCUGCAGCGCCGCAACUCCGAGUACCUGGUGGAGAAUGCCCUGCACCUGCACCUCAUCGUCAAGCCCGUCUACCACACCCUCAUCCGGACCCCCAAGUAGCCUCCGCGUUAGGAAAUAAAGGCUGGCCUAGAUCUUGUGGGGCGAGGUGAGCCAGGAGUUGACUACAAGUUUAGCACCGU